UGAGGAGGGCGUGAUUUGACACGGGGGAUAAAAGCAGUCCUUCCCAGCUCGACUUCUUUCAUUCACCCAUCAGACAGCAUCAAGCUCGCCUACCAGCGGCCAAACAAAAUUUGAACAGAUCAUGAAGCAAAUUAUCACCAGCCUAGUCUCUGUCUCAGCCGUCCUGCUGUUAAUCGUACUCAUCAGUGAAUACGCCCCCAGAUGCAGCGGCCAAGUGCACCACAGAUUCAGCGGGUGGCGGCCCGGUGGAAAAAAGCGAUCGGAUGCCUCAGAAGUCAACUCGAACAAGAUUACCAUUGAGAGGCCGCAACAACCGAUUUGCAAGCAGACGACAGACCAACUCGAACUACUCGAAGACGACUCUGAUAUUCUAGGAGAUUUGAGGAGAGCAGCAAAUAGGAUGAGACUUCUACAUCUCUUCAACUUGUCAAAGUCUCGACUGAACGAAUUAAAGGAUACACCAAUGAAUGAAGUUGACGAGAGGCCUAUCUAUGAAGACUAUCUGGGGGAGGGGUUAUAGGAGACAACAAUUCUUUCACGCUCGCAUAAUAAUUUAUUUUAAAUACUCUUUAUACUUCAUCAUUUAAAGUCAUGAAGUUGUAAAUCAGUAAAUCAUUUUAGCGUUUAAUUUUAAGCAAAAUGUCCCCCACAAAGUGUUACCCCCCUCACGCAUGUCAUGUUUAAGAAUUACGUGAUUUCAACCAUGGGUGAUUAAAUGAACAUUAUAAUUGCAUACAAUCACCUUUUCUCAGUGAUUUCAGCCGUGGGUGAUUUGGUGAGCAUUAUACUUUCAUUGCAUAUAUCACCUUUUCCUGCACCAGGCAAGGUCCCGAAGAUUUUAUAUUUUGAUUAUUUACGUAUAAAGUUCGUAUAUAAAAAACAUACAAUUUUAGUCUCUUUCUAUUAAGGAAUUUAACUUGAAAACUACAAAUCGUAAACAUUAUUGAAUCGGUUAUAUUAUUAAUCUUGAAAACCUGCAUAAAUUAUAUUCAUUGUAUGUGUUUGUUGAUAUAUAUAUUCUACCUACAUUCACAAUCUUCAGCUGCAAUCUGAAUUUAACGGCCAUAGAUCUUUUAAAAUGUCAGCUUUUAAAGAGCAAAGUUAUCUAAAAUGUUUGAACAUAUUGAAUUCCGCAUUGAUGUAUAUACUUGUACAAAAUGUAGUGACACAAUGCUUCGGUACUCAAGUGUGUGGAUGUGGGAAAAAUUCGAGUGAUACGUGAUGCAUGAAGAAUUAAGUGAGACUAUUUCACAGGUAUUAAAUUUUUAAAGUGCAAAAUAUAUCAUUAAGUUGAUUUUGUUAGAUUACCUCUUGUUUAUUGUGGUUAAUCGUUCAACAAUGUAGAAAUCAACAAUAUGUAGUGAGAGUACGUGUCUGUUUGUACGCUUAUGUGAGUGAGUGAGAGAAAGAAAGAGAGAGAGGAGGGGGGGGGGGGUUAAUUACGAUCCCUUGCUUUCCAAGCUAUACAAUUACCCAUAGAUUGCAGGAUCAUAGCAGAAGGAAGCAAGUUACAAAAGUAUCUUUUGUUGUAAAUGGACAAUGCGUGUUCGUCAUUUACAUAUAGGCGUCACUGCAAUUUAAUAGCAUAAUAAUUUAUCUUCUUCAAUAUAUUUCCUUAGAACGAUCAUUUCUUCCCCAAAUUUUGCCUGAUCGUGCAUCAACAUACAAAGGGUGUUUCAGAAACAACAAUAUCUCAAAUUUGACUGAUGUGUCACUUGCUUCCUUUUGGAAUUUGUGUAACCAUUUGAAACUGCUCGACGCAAUAUAUAGCAGCUAGGCCUCACAAUUUAAUUUUGUUUACUGACAUAAAUUUAUCACCAUAAAAUAGCACUAAACAUUAAUCAUUACUUAGCUAAUUGAUACAUGCUGAAUAGCAAGUGUAAGAUGUAAUUGCCUACUUUAUUCACGUAUUUAUAUUUCUGUUCAUUCAUAGAUGAUCAAGGUGUCCUUUAAUGAUACAUUUAAGAAGUCAAAUUACCUCUUUCCAUUUGGACUCGAAUAUCUAUUUGUCUAUUAGUAUACACGGUAUUUUGAUGAUUAAUUUUAAGAAAUGAUUAUUCGUAUUACCCCAUCAUUCGUUUUCAGACCAAAAAAUAAAAUCUUCGACAUAUUUGUCCAUUUUUGUUCAUAAUUCUGUCUGAGAUUAUUUCAAUGAAUUUAAGAAAAUCAAUUGAGAAUACGUUGAUGAUUCCACAAAGUAUAAUUGAUCUAGCAAGGAAUUAUACUCGUUAAAGUGGCUUUAUCGGUCCACACUAUAGAGAAGCGUUGGAACAACACCAGUUCAAUUAAGAAUCAAACCGAAAUUGGUUUAACAUUAAUUGGUGUUGCUUAAAUGCCAAAAUAGUGUUAGCCUAACGUACAAACCGGUGUUUUUUUCAACACCUCUCUGGUGUGGACCGAUAUAGGUACCAGGCUGGAGUCAAAUUAACACCGGCGUUUUGCAGUGUAUAAAUGUCGUGAUUCAUUUAACCCUGAUAAAUGUUUGUGCAUGAGAAUUCAUGAUAAUGGAAAUGUGAUGUGAUGAUACAUUCGUUUCGUUUAGUUUUAAUUGCUUGAUACGGAGUAAAUUGGAACGUGACGGGAAUUGUAUUGUCUGUUACUUCAACAAGGGACAAUGUCCAAUGCUAUCCAGUUUUACGUCGAGAGCAUUUUCAUAAAUUAUAAUAUACUUAUCAUGUUGGUCUAAUUUACUUCGUAACUAGGAAUUUUUCAGUCUGCAACGUACGGAGGGUUCGAGAACAUAGAAAAUGUAUUGUAAAAUGCCCUUCGUGACAAAGAACAACGAAGAAGUCUUUGUAGAAGACUGGGUGAAUACAAACAGCAGUUUCGUCCUGGACUCUUGACAAACGACAUAUUUGCACCUCAGCCCCGAAAGUUAGGACGACAUUGCUGUUCCGGUUCACCAAUUUUCGACGAAGACCUCUCGGCUAUUUUUUGUUUUGUUUUGUUUUCUUAAUUUCACGGGUAUUUUUGAUACUUUUACUGUUUUCUCAAGCCCUCCGUACUUCGUGUUGCGAAAACUGUCUAGUAGUAGUACUAUCGACAUUUAAGACCCACCCUACCCCGCUAUCACAACUGAAUAAUGCAUGAAAAAUUGCCUACUACUACCCCUAAGAUUUCGACAACCUCAUCAGCGCUCCAAAAAAAAUCAUAUUCAGUAUUUCACUCGCCCGCGCGACAGGUGCUAUAUUCGUCGCCGCUACCUCCCAUCUCGAAAACCCAUCUCAAAUAUGAUACCUAUGGUGUAUUCUUAGUGUGUUUCCCCACAGACAUGAUAAACCACUCCACAAUAUAAAUAUACCGAGUGCGAUCCUUGACAUUCUUGUAUCUUUAGUCCAGGGACCACUCAUAUUGCCGGUGUAUUGUGACGACACAAUCAUAGGUAAAUAUGAUCGCGUAAAUGAUUGUAAUGUACAUCCAAUGGAGUAAAAACAAAAUCGCAUCACAGUUAAGGUGAUUUGUAAGAAGUAGUUAAUACGGUUGAGUAAAGUUUGAAAUAAAAUUUUGUUAUUCGAAUUCACCACCCUGAAUCUGGUGCUUGGUCAAAAACAAUGCGCCCUUUUUAAUCGAAAACCAAGCUUUUUGACCCUUACUCCCUGGGCGGGUUUGUAUACAAAUAAUUAUGAUAUACCCAUGUACAUUACGCGGUUAAAAAUGCCUCACUCUAAGAUAUAAAAAAGGGUUCAUUUCAACAUCUUUAAUAAAACCGCACCUUGGGGGCCAGUAAAGGUAUUCCAAGACCAGAAAGGUGCAGCGAUGCACCUAUGGAAGGGAUCAUUAAAAGCACGCGCUCCCAGUGUGGUAUUGGGCCAAACCUUUUAGAAGUGCAAAGUAAAAGAAUCAAGUCUAGAGGUGCAAUGUAACAUUUUUAGAGGUGCAGGGUUAAAUAUGUUCACUUAGAGUGAGGUAUUUGUUUGAAGAUACCAAAGUGUUGAUACUCUAGACUUUCUCGUCAUUCUUUGAUAAUAUAUUGUUCAAGUCUUUUUAUUUAUAUUCGUUAACUUGAAUUUUCAUUUUAAUAAACAUAUUUUAAACAUGCUUGAAAAGAACUCUCCACUAGAGUAUGUAGCCUUUUGAAUCGUUACCAAGAGGAUUUACGAUUAGUGAUGACGAAAUACUACUAAUAUCCGGAUAAUACGUUGAGAAUUAUAGAUACCGACUCGAUGUGCUAAAUCCCUUAGGUCUGUAAAUAUUGUUCUUUUUUUACUUUUCUUUUCAUAACAAUGCGCCUUCGCUGCUUUGAUUUCAAUAAGUUUUUAUUUUAUCUUAUGCACCUGUAUCACCUUUUCUUAUAAAUGUUGCAUUAUGACCAUCGCAGGUAAUCUUGGAAAAAGAAAACUGAAAGUAAUAAAAAGGUUAAAUAUAA